AAGAUUUACAUAUAGAGGAAGAGUUGGGAGAAAACACAUGAUGAAGCAAGUAGCAGAAAAUGUUGCAGGUUCCAUGGGAAUGGUGGCGGAAAGAAAUCAGUUGCUUAAAGUUACAUAAUCUGAUGAGGCCUAAGAGGACAAAAACAAAAUUUAAGGCUGUUUUUAUGGUGAAAGCAGUAAGCUCUGUUUUUGGUGCCAUGCAAAAUGGCCUACCCAUACCCUUCCUUCUACAUAUCAAUCUUAACAUCAUUCUCCUUCUCCUUUUACACGGUUAGCUUUUGCUUUUUCAACGCUAUAGAUUUUUUAUUUAGAAAUUUCUGUUAUUGAUCAUCAUCAUCAUCUUCUUCUUCUUCUUCUUCUUCUUCAUUCCUCAUCUAUAUAAAAUGGCUUCUCCACUCUCACAAACCACUCAGCCUCGGAAGAGAAAGGGAAACAGAGAGAGCUAUGGCUGGUGGUAGUGAUUUGUUGCCACUCUUGGCUAUGGUGGUUGUCCAGUUCCUGUAUGCAGGCUUGAAUAUUACAUCAAAGUUAGCCAUGGAGUUUGGGAUGAAUCCAAUGGUUCUAGUUGCUUACAGGCAGAUGUUUGGUACCAUAGCCAUAGCUCCUUGUGCUUACUGGUUUGAGAGAAAAGGGAGACCCAAGAUUACAAAGCCUAUCCUGUUUCAGAUUCUACUGUGUUCCUUAACUGGGGCAACAGGAAAUCAAGUGUUUUACUAUGUUGGGUUAAAAUAUUCAUCCCCCACCAUCGCAUGUGCAUUGACCAAUGUCCUGCCUGCUGCCACUUUUCUCCUCGCUCUUCUUUUCAGACAAGAAUCUGUGGGGAUCAGGACAACCCCAGGUGCAGCCAAGGUGAUGGGGACUGUUGUGUGCGUCGGAGGGGCAAUGUUGCUGUCGUUCUACCAUGGACAAACCAUCAACCUGGGUGAAUCUGGGAUUCAUUGGAAGUAUGCCGAGAUGAUGAGGGGGGGAAGUUCCAGCAGCCAAGGCGGCAGCGCCAUCUGGGGCUCUCUCUACUUGAUCAUAAGCUCUGUUGCUUGGGCGGCUUGGUUUGUAAUCCAAGCAAGGGUUAACUCUCAGUUUCCAGCUCCCUACACAAGCACGGCUAUCAUGACUUUCAUGGCAACCAUUCAAUGUGGAGCAAUCGCCGUUGGCAUUGAGCACAACACAGCUGCAGCUUGGUCAUUGAAAAGUCCAAUCCGCCUUGUUGGUGCUCUCUAUGCGGGAGUGGCGUGCUCAGGGGUUGCAUUUUGCCUAACCUCCUGGAGUAUCCAAAAGAAAGGUCCUCUCUAUGCCUCAGUUUUCAACCCCUUCUUGCUCAUUAUAGUGGCUAUUUUCAGCUGGACCUUCUUUCAAGAAAAGUUAUACGUAGGAACUGUUGUAGGGUCAUUGUUAAUUGUUGUUGGGCUAUAUGCUGUCCUAUGGGGAAAGACCAAAGAGGAGAAACUACAACAGGUUAUUGAAAUGGCGGCAGUAGCAGAGGCAAAGCUGGAUGAGUGUAAUACCAAAGAUGACUUGGAAGAACAGUCGUAUGUGGUUUCAAAUGGAAAUAUUCUCCAUAGGUAAUAGAUGAGAGAAAGGAGUAAGAAAGGUAAUACAGAUCAAAAUCCAUUCACUUCCAACAGAAGACAGAGUCAAGAAAGAAGAUGUUCAAAGGAAGGCAUAGCAUCUCCAGCGGUUGUAUCCCUUUUAUGAAAUGAAAUUUGACGUUGUUGAAGUCCCAAUAUUCACUACUUUACAUUCUAGAGCAAAAUGAUGAUACGAAAAAGUCAUUGUAGCUUAUGAAAUUACAACAACAACUGUUAUUAUUGCA